AUGUAUAUCCCGCCUGUACACGCAGAAGAGCGUCUCUCUGUGCUCCACCAGAUAAUCCGCGACAACCCAUUAGGCAUAUUGACCACAGCCAUCGAGUCUCCCAAUCACCCCCUCAUCCUAUCCAGCCAUAUUCCAUUCCUUCUCGACGUACCCGAAACCGCAGACGGCACACUCCCCAACGGCAUAUUGCGCGGACACCUCGCGCGGCAGAACCCGCAAUCAAAGGUCCUCACCGAAGCGCUCGCCGCAGCCGCCAGAAGCGAGCACGGCCCACACGCCCUGGAGCUCCCCGGCGAAGUGCUCGUCGUGUUCAACGGGCCGCACCAGCACUACGUGACGCCCAAGUUCUACACCGAAACCAAGCCCCGGACCGGCAAAGUCGCGCCGACGUGGAACUACUCCGCGGUGCAGGCGUAUGGCCGGAUCACGGUCUACAGCGACUCCGGGUCCGCGGAGACGCAGGCGUUCUUGCAGAAGCAGCUGGAGGACCUGACGCUGCUGGGGGAGAAGGAGGUGAUGGGAUUCACGGAGCCGUGGGAGGUGGGGGAUGCGCCGGAGUCGUGGGUGCGGAUCUUCAAGAAGCUGAUUGUUGGAGUGGAGAUUCGGAUUGAGCGGCUGCAGGGGAAGGUUAAGAUGAGCCAGGAACUGCCGAGGGGGGAUCGCGAGGGCGUGAUCGAGGGGUUUGAGAGGAUGGACACGGAGGCUGGGAAGGGGAUCGCCAGGGCGGUUCGAGAGUGUGCAACCGGCAACUCGCGCGCUGCACGCCGACAACCCGCUGAACCUGGUGGCGGACGUCGCACCGCCCAUCCACCUGUCCACGACGUUCAGAUUCGCCGACGACCCGGACAAACUGAUCCCCAGCGAGGAUCCGGUGGUAACUGUGCAUCUUCCCACGGCCACCACGCAGCGGCUAACCCUGCGCCCCAGGCAGACUUUGAUGGCAGAAGCUACGUCUACUCGCGCGAAUUCGCUCCCAAUGCGACGCGGUUCGAGGCCAUCCUCUCGUCGCUGCUCAACGGGCAUGCCGUGAGCUACUCGUCCGGUCUCGCCGCGGUGCACGCCGCCCUGGUGCUGCUGAACCCGCGCCGCAUCUCAGUCGGCGACGGCUACCAUGGCUGCCACGAGGUGAUCAGCGUCGUCUCCCGCCUGUCCGGCCUCCAGAAGCUUGCGCUCGACUGUCCCGCCGAGAGCCUCGGUGAGGGCGAUGUCAUCCUGCUCGAAACCCCCGUCAACCCGCUCGGGACCGCGUUCAGCAUUGCGGAAUACGCCCAAAAGGCCCACGCGAGAGGCGCCUAUCUGAUCGUGGACAGCACGUUUGCGCCGCCUGGGCUGCAAGACCCGUUCCUCUGGGGCGCGGAUCUGGUGAUGCACUCGGGGUCCAAGUAUUUCGGCGGCCAUAGCGACCUCCUAUGCGGCGUGCUCGCGACCCAGCGCCAGGACUGGGCCAAGCGUCUGUUCGAGGACCGGGUGGCGCUUGGAAAUGUCGUUGGGAGUCUGGAGGGCUGGCUGGGUGUCCGCAGCCUGCGAACGUUGGAAAUCCGGGUGCAGCGCGCAAGUCAGAACUGCGCGCACCUGGUCUCGUGGCUCCAGGGCGCGCUGAUAGCAUCGUCUCCCGCCCAGGGGAGCGAAGAACGGAUCGUGCAGACUGUGCUGCAGAGGAUAUAUCACGCCAGCCUGCAGGACGAGCCCUGGUUGCUACAGCAGAUGCCGAAUGGCUUUGGGCCCGUGUUCUCCAUCGUCCUGCAGAGCGAGACGUUUGCGCGCACGCUGCCCAGCAGGCUCGCCUUCUUCCACCACGCAACCAGCCUCGGCGGAGUGGAAUCUCUGAUCGAAUGGCGCGCCAUGUCGGAUUCCAGGGUGGAUCGGAAGCUGCUACGGGUCAGCGUGGGCAUAGAGAACUGGCAGGACUUGAAGGACGACCUGCUCCAGGCAUUCCGGUCGCUGGCCGGGAGCAGUGAUUAG